AUGGAGAGGCAUCCAGCCCACGUCCGUCAGGUAUUUGUCAAGUGUCAUUUUGAUUAUAAUCCAUUCAAUGAUAACCUGAUACCCUGCAAAGAAGCAGGACUGAAGUUUUCCAAAGGAGAAAUUCUUCAGAUUGUAAACAGAGAAGACCCAAAUUGGUGGCAGGCUAGCCAUGUGAAAGAGGGAGGAAGUGCUGGUCUGAUCCCAAGCCAGUUCCUGGAAGAGAAGAGAAAGGCAUUUGUUCGCAGAGACUGGGACAAUUCAGGACCCUUUUGUGGAACUAUAAGCAACAAGAAAAAGAAGAAGAUGAUGUACCUCACAACCAGGAAUGCAGAGUUUGAUCGUCAUGAAAUUCAGAUCUAUGAGGAAGUAGCAAAAAUGCCACCCUUCCAGCGAAAAACAUUAGUGUUGAUAGGAGCUCAAGGUGUGGGCAGAAGAAGCUUGAAAAAUAGGUUCAUAGUGCUGAAUCCUGCUAGAUUUGGAACAACGGUACCAUGUAAGUCUUGUGUUUCCAUUUGUUGGCCAGAAAGUGAGUACUCACCAGGAGAGUUGCAUCUUGUCUUUGUGCCCAUUGCUGAUGCUAAUUUACUUCACGGAGCCAGAGAAGAUGAAAAGGAUGGACAGGCAUAUAAAUUUGUGUCCCGGUCAGAGAUGGAGGCAGAUAUUAAAGCUGGAAAGUAUUUGGAACAUGGGGAAUAUGAAGGAAAUCUCUAUGGAACUAAGAUUGACUCUAUUCUUGAAGUUGUACAGACUGGAAGGACUUAUUUGGAUGUCAACCCACAAGCAUUGAAAGUGUUGAGGACAUCGGAGUUCAUGCCUUAUGUGGUAUUUAUUGCUGCUCCAGAGCUAGAGACCCUGCGUGCCAUGCACAAGGCUGUGGUGGAUGCAGGAAUCACCACCAAGCUUUUGACGGACUCUGAUUUGAAGAAAACAGUGGAUGAAAGUGCACGGAUUCAGAGAGCUUACAACCACUACUUUGAUUUGAUCAUCGUAAACGACAAUCUAGACAAAGCCUUUGAGAAACUGCAAACUGCCAUUGAGAAACUAAGAAUGGAGCCACAGUGGGUCCCUAUUAGCUGGGUGUACUGAUGAUUCGAUAAGGCUAACAGUUAAAUAAAACUUUUAAAAAGUGA